AUGUCAACCAAAGUCGACCAAGUCAUCACCUUAUCGCAAGUAAAUUCAAUUCUCGACAAUAUCAAUAAUAAAAACAGUGAAACUUCAAACGACAAGAAACAGACAGUUUGGAAAGAGUUUGGCAACUACCUCGACAAGAAAGUGGAUAUAAUUAGACCAGAUAAGGAAUCAUCAUCCACCAACGAAAACUAUUUUAUCAAGAACGCGUUCCCUGGAAGAUCCUACUUAUCCCAAUCCAUCGCUUACAAGAUCUGUAACUCGUGCCAAAGACCAAUUGGAUUACCUAGCUUAAACCUGCACUAUCAACAGUGUGUCGCUAUGAAGCAAAAGAGACAACAAGAGCAAGCAGAACUCGCUGCAAGUAACUACAGCAACAACAACAAUAAUAAUAAUAAUGAUGGAAACGCUGCGAAUGCUGUCAAUAAACGCAAGAGAAAGAAUGGAGUACUAAGUGAAAUGGAGUAUUCCUCGUCCGUGGAUAGUACAAGAAACAACACGCCGGUACCUAAUAGUGCAAAUGACAACUUUGACGGGGACCUCAGCAGCAACAGCAAUAACGGCAACUCCUCAAAACCCAAGAAGAAGUACAAGAAAUCACAAGCACAAAAGGCUAAAGAAGCCGCCAAUGCCGCUGCCGCCGCCGCGUCGCAAUCUGGUACUCCAAUUGAAAAGCCAGUGAAACGGAAAAAGAAUACGGGAGGCGCAACAACGUACAAUAAACGACAACUGGAAGCCGCUACAGCAGAGCUGACUCCACCCGUGCAAGCAACAACACCUACUUCUCAAUCUGCAGCGCAAACCCAAAAAGCCAAAGCUCUAGCCAAAGCCAAGGGACCAGUUGACGUUGACAAACAGUGUGGUGUUGCAUUGGCCUCAGGUGGGUUAUGCGCUCGUUCAUUAACAUGUAAAACUCACUCAAUGGGAGCCAAGCGAGCUGUUCUUGGCAGAACUCAGCCUUACGAUGUGUUGUUGCAACAGUACCAGAAACGAAACCAAGCCAAAAUCGCACAAAAUCAUGCUCUUGCAGCACAACGAAGAGAGGCGGCGGCGUUCCAUGGUGAAUGCGCUGAUCUGAUGUUGAAUAGGGCCAAUAAGGUCUUGGAUCCGGACGAAGAGACGCAUUUGGUGUUGGAGGGGUUGUCAAAGAAUAAUCCAAUACCGUUGGAGCGCAAAAUUAUGAUGCCGGUGCGGUACCGUCAUCGGUUCUUGCAGGCAAGAGAAUUUUAUGCGAAUGCGCUAAUCAUCUCAGCACAACAUUCCCAACAACAACAGCAACAGCAACAACAACAGCAACAGCAACAGCAAAGUGGAGCCGGUGGCGAGCAGACGUUGGCGAACCAAGCCAUAUCGGGAUCCAUAGGUGGUUUACAAGGUCGGUGCGCAUUGAUCAAUGUUGACGCGCCGCUGAAUCCGCAACUGGACUCGCAAACACAACUGUUUAGUGCCAUUCCCGGCGAGAUAUAUCAGGUUCGGGCUCCAUCAAAGGCUAUUUUAAUGACGGCGCAGCAUAAUAAUUUGCAGCAGCAGGCGUUCCAGCAGCAGUAUCUCAAGUAUCAGCAACAGCAACAGGCACAGCAACAAAUGUUGUUGAAACAGAGGCAGCAGCAGUUACAAAUGCAGAGACAACAGCAGCAACAACAACAACAGCAGCAACUACUGUGA